UCGAUGGAGAACAUUUCAGAGGUGACUGAAUUCAUCCUUGUAGGGUUAACAGAUGCCAAAGAGCUUCAGGUCCCUUUAUUUCUAAUCUUCACUCUCAUUUACUUCAUCACUCUGGUUGGGAACCUUGGGAUGAUUGUGUUGAUUCUGUUAGACUCUAAUCUCCACACUCCCAUGUACUUUUUCCUGAGUAAUCUCUCCCUGGUGGACUGUGUUUAUGCCUCAGCCAUCACUCCCAAAGUGAUGGUGGGGGUUUUCAUGGGAGACAAGAUCAUCUCCUACAGUGCAUGUGCUGCCCAGAUGUUCUUCUUUGCAGCCUUUGCCACUACUGAAAGUUUCCUUUUGGCUUCCAUGGCCUUUGACCGCCAUGCAGCAGUGUGUAAACCCCUGCAUUACACCACCACCAUGACAAGCAUGGUGUGUGCACUACUGAUUACUGGCUCCUACAUCUGUGGACUCUUGCAAUCAACCAUUCAUGUUGCCUUCACUUUCCAUCUCUCCUUCUGCCAUUCCAAUGUAGUCAAUCACUUUUUCUGUGACAUUCCCCCACUGCUGGCUCUCUCUUGUUCUGAUAUCUACUCAAACCAGAUUAUGCUUUUCACCUUGGCAGCAUUCAAUGUCUUUUUCACUCUCUUUGUUAUCUUGAACUCCUACUUAUUUAUUUUUAUUGCUAUCCUGAGGAUGCACUCCAUUGAGGGAUGGAAGAAAGCCUUCUCCACCUGUGCUUCCCACAUCACAACUGUUUUCAUUUUCUAUGGGACAGUCACCUUCAUGUACUUACAGCCCAGCUCCAGUCAUUCCAUGGACACAGACAAAAUAGCAUCUGUUUUCUACACCAUGGUAAUCCCCAUGCUGAACCCUCUGGUAUAUAGCCUGAGGAACAAAGAAGUCAGGAGUGCAUUUAUGAAGGUUGUUGAAAAAGCAAAGUCUUCAUUGGGCUUGACUUAUUAA